AUGAAGAAAUCAUUCAAAGAAGAAGCAAUGCCUCUUAUUUUUUACUAAUAAGAAACACAAACUUAUCAAGUAAACCCUGAUGCGAUAGAAAUAAUAAAAAAUAUUCCAUCACCCAUCGGAAUAGUUGGAGUCGCAGGCAUGUAUAGAACAGGGAAAUCCUACCUCCUCAAUAGAAUGCUUCUAAAUAGAUCUGACGGUUUUGGUGUUGGUCCAACUGUACUACCAUGCACUAAGGGACUUUGGAUGUGGGGCAAACCAUUACUAGGUUAAACGAGUGAUGGAGAAAGCUGUUCAAUCUUAGUCGUUGAUAGCGAAGGAUUGGGUGCUCCAGAUGAAGACUCUACGCAUGAUAUUAGAAUCUUCUCUUUAACCAUUCUAUUGACAUCAUGUUUCAUCUACAAUUCUGUGGGCAGUAUCGAUGAAAAUGCCCUUCAAAACCUUAGUCUCGUUGUCAAUCUCACUAAAAACAUUUAAUUAAAGAGUGGGUAAUCCCUUCAAGAACUUGAGGAUUUAUCAUAAUACUUUCCACAAUUUUAUUGGGUUGUGAGAGACUUUACACUUCAACUAAUUGACAAGAACAGAGAACAAAUUACAUCUAAGGAUUACUUAGAAAAUGCACUUGUCAUCUAGAAGGGAUCCUCAGAAGGAAUUGAUCAGAAGAAUAAAAUUAGAAAAUUGUUGUCAACCUUUUUUAAAGAUAGAGAUUGUAUUACAUUAGUAAGACCUUUGACGGAAGAAAGCAGUCUCCAAAAUUUAGAAAACUUAGAUUUUGAUAAGUUAAGACCUGAAUUUUUUGAAUAGGUCAUCAAUCUAAGAAAAAAAAUACUCAAUAGAAUCAGACCAAAAAUGUUGAAUGGAAAGACACUUUCUGGUUAAAUGUAUUGUGAUUUAAUUCGUUCCUAUGUCACAGCCAUUAAUAAUGGAGCUGUCCCUGCCAUUGAAUCUGCUUGGACUUAUAUUUGCAAGAAUGAAUGUUAAAAGGCCGUUGCUGAAGCAUUUGAUACUUAUGAAUAAAUCCUUAAGGAAAAUCUUCACAAUAGAUUCCCCAUCUCUAAUGAAGAUUUAAAAGCCUUUAAUAAAAGUCUUAAGGAAUAGGCCUUCGCCUUAUUCAAAAAGAAAUGUGUUGGAGAUGCUGAUGAAUACAAAUUCGAAUUAUAACGAAGAAUUAAAUAGAGAUUUGCUGCAGUGAAAUAGGAAAAUGAUAGAGAAGGUUCAAGAAUGUGCUCUUAAUUCAUUUAAUAAGAAUUCUAGCCAAUCGAUAGAAAACUUAAACUAGGAGAAUACAAAUCUUUUGGAGAGUAUGAAAAAGAUAUCAAAAUGUUUUACAACUUUUUUAUUGAAAAUGGACCUAAAGUGGGAACUAGAAAUUAAAUCAUUUUAGAAUAUCUAUAAAGAGCCUUAAUUGAAGGAUCUAAUCUAUUUAUUAGAUAAUAUGCUCAAGAGACAGAUAUGAUGAAAAAUGUCGCUUCUGAGACUCAAAAAAAAUUAGAAUAGGAAUUGAAAGAAGUUAGAUAGGAUAGUUUGAAAGAUAAAAAUAAUCUGUUGAUGAAAUUGGCAUAAGUAGAGAGUGAAAAAAGUGAAAUAGAACUAAGGGAGUAAGUUGCCAGGGAUAACUUAGAAGAACUUAAAAUACAAAAGGAGUAAGUAGAAAGGGAUUUGAAAUUAGAAUCUGAAAAUGAAAAAAUUGAAUUAACUAGAUAAAUUUAAGAAUUAAGGGGAUAGGUCUUAAAAGCAGAAGAAUUCAAUAAGGAUAUGGAGAGGAAUACUCUUUUUGGAAAUUCUGAGUUUGAAAAGGAGAGAGCUCUUUUGGAAUAAAAAAUUACUUUCUUUGAGAAGUUAGUCAAUGAGAUGAAUGCAAAAGAAGUUGAAUAUUAGAAUGAAAUAAAAAAUCUCAGAAAAGAGCAUAGUUUACAAUCAAAGGAUUAACAAACAAAGUCUGAUUAAAUGAUUAGAUAAUUAUAAUAGAAACUCAGUGAUUUGCAGGAGAAACUUAAUGAGAUGGAAAAUGAAUUAAUUGAGAAAGAAUCCAAUUUCGAGAAUGACUUCAAAAAGUUUGAACAUAAAGAACGAAGUUUAACCAAAUAAAACUUUGAAUUGAAUGAAUAAAUACAAACAUUGACAAGAGAACUCAGAGAAUACAAGAGAAAUGAAGAAUAGAUGUAAUAAAUGUUAAAGAAUGAUGCUAAUAAUUAAGUCAAUGAAUUGCUAGAGAAGGUUCAAGGAUUGGAGGAUCUAAUCAAAGCUAAGGAUGAUUAAUUGAAAUAAACUAAGAGUCAUAGUGAAAAAGAUAAAGCUUUGAUGUAAUAAAAGAUGGAAUUCAUGGAGGUUCAAUUGGAUGAAUACAAAAAGUAAAUUGAAGAAAAUAAAAAGUCUCAUGAGGCUAUUAUGAAGGCUUUUGAGAAUUCAAGCAAUGAAUCUACUUAUAAAGUUGAUGCUGCCAAAAUGAAUGACUUAAGAGAACAACAUAGGAGAGAUCUUAAAAAUAUAGAGAAUGAAUAUGAAAGUGUUAAGAAGAGAUUAUAAUAAUAAGUAGAUCAAUUGAAUGAGAGAAAUAGUGAAUUGGAACUGAAAGUUAAAUUUGAGACUGGAGAUCUGAUUAAGGAGAUUGAGAAUCUUAAGGAAUAACUCUAGAGCACAGAAGAACAAAAAAAUAAAUUGCUUGAACAAAAUAAAACUUUAGAUGGAUAGAAAUUAUCAAUAUUGAAUAGAAUAAGAGUUAAGUCAUUAGAAUAAGCUAUGGAUGAAGCUGAUACUAAAACAGCAAGGGAGGUUAAUUUGGCUCAAUCAAAAGCAGAAGAAUCUUUGACUUAGUUGAAGAAUUUCUAUGAAAUUGAAAGGGAAAGAUUGGAAAGAAGAAUAUGUGAGGAGAAAGAGAAGAGCGAAAAGAAAUUCUAAGCUGCUUAAGAAGAAUUCUAUCAUAAACUCAGAGAAACUGAAUAAAAUUACGAAGAAGAAAUCGAAACACUAAAGGAUGACUUAAGAGAUCAAGUAUAACAAUAUACAAAUACAAUUUAAUAAUAUGAUCAUGAGAUUGCUUUGAAGUAGUAAACUAUCGAGAUAUUUGAAAAACAUAUUAAAGAAACUAAAGAAUAACUCAUAUCACUUUAGAAUAACAAUAAUGCUACUUUAGAAUAAUAGAUGAACUCUUUCACUACAGAAAGAAAGAGCUUAAUUUCUAAAAUUGAUGUUCUAUCAAGUUAGUUAAAUAAUCUACAAAAAGAAUUUAUGGCAUUGUAAUAAAAGAAGGAUCUUUUGGAAAAUGAGAAGACAAGGAAGGAAUAAUAAUUUGAAUAAACAAGGAAAGAAUGGUAAGAAGAAAAGAGAGAAUUGAUUGAUAGAUUAGAAGAGACAAAGCAAAGACUUUAAAAGAUGAAUGAUGAAUUUUUAGAGAAGAAGAUUGAAUAUGGCAGAGAAACAGCAUUAAUUUAAUAGUAAAAUGAAUUUUUGUAGAAGAAGAUUGAAGAUUUAUAAAAAUAAAUAGAUACUUAGCAAUCAAGAUUUGAUGAGAAAAUUAAACAAUAAAAGAAUGAAUAUUCAGUAGAAUUAGAAUAAAAAUGGAAAGAGCAUAAGAGGAAAAAACAGCUAUUGAAACUAAAAAGCGAAUAUCAAUAUAAUAAGUAAGCAUCAACUUUAGAGAGAGAGAAAGCAAUCCUAAAUGAAAAGCUAGGACAUUUAGAAUCAAGAAAGAAUGAAUUAGAAUCAAAAAUAAAGGAUGAAUCUGCUAGUGUAGCUUAAUAGCAGGCUGCUUUGAGGGAAUAAAUAGCUACAGACAAGAAAUCAUUGUAGUAAGAAUUAGAAAAAUAUAAAUAAUUUAAUCUUUAAUUGGAAUAAGAAAAGAGCGAAAUUCAUACUAGUUAUGAAAGAGAUAAAGCUUUAUGGGAAGGCAAAUUUUAAUUUUUGGAAUAACAAAAGGAAUAGGCAAAAUAGGAUUUAGUAGAUGCAUUAAAAAAAUUUGAGAUGACUUUAAUGCAUUUAUAAAGAGCUAGAUCAAAUGAAAAGGAUGAGUAAGAAAACAAUUUAAAUGAGUUGUUAUUAAGUGUUGAAAGAAAAUAUUAAUCAUAAAUUGAAGAAGCUAAUCAAACUCAUUAAAGAAUAGUCUAAGAUUAUGAAGAUAAAAUUAGGAGAUUAUAGAAAGAAGUUAAAACUCAUAAAGAUAAGAUUUUAAUUGAUCAGCAUGGAAAAAUUGGUAAUUAAUUAUUGUCAGAAAAGAAGUUUGCUGAAAUGCUAGAUAAUGAAAAGAGAUUAUAAUAAGAAAUAGAAAACAUUAAAUAGGAUAGGGAUCAUAAGAUCUUUGAAUAUUAAAAGAUGUUAGAAUAAGAAAGAGAGAACUUGAAAGCUAAAAUAGUAGAAUUGGAAACAAAAUAUAAGGAGGUUGAGAGUAAAAGGUCAACCCUUAUUUUUGAGUUUGAAAAAGAGAGAGCUAAAUGGUGA